AUGGCCCUUGACGCUGCCACCGUGGAGAAGCAAGACUACCACGAGCACGACACCGUUGUCAUGAAGGAACACGCGGCUUCGUCCGAGAUGGACGAGUACGUGCCCGACACGGAGGCGGAGAAGAAGCUCGUGCGCAAGAUCGACAUGUUCCUCCUGCCCAUGAUGUGGAUCAUGUAUCUGCUUUCGUACAUGGAUCGAACCAACAUCGGGAAUGCCCGCAUCGCCGGCAUGGAGGAGGAUCUUGACCUCGACUCGAACCGCUACUCCGUCGUCCUGGUCGUCUUCUUCGUCGGCUACGUCGUCUUCGAGGUGCCCUCGAACAUGGUCCUCGUACGCGUGCAACCAUCCUACUACCUCGCCACCAUCAUGUUUCUAUGGGGCGGCGUCACCGUCGGCAUGGCCUUUACGCCCAGCUACGAGGUGCUGAUCGGCAUGCGCAUCCUCAUGGGCAUCCUCGAGUCCGGGUUCGCGCCGGGCAUCCUCCUGCUGCUGUCCUCGUGGUACAAGCGCGAGGAGCAGAGCAAGCGCUUCGCCGUCUACAUCUCGGCCGCCAUCCUGUCGGGCGCCUUUGGCGGUCUGCUGGCCGGGUCCAUCACCAGCGGUCUGGACGGCGCGCACGGCAAGGCGGGCUGGCGGUGGCUGUUUGUCGUCGAGGGGGCGGCGACCAUGGGCGUCGCGUUGAUCGCGGCCUUUAUCCUGCCCGACUUUCCCGCGACGACGGCGCGCUGGAAGUUUAGCGACGAGGACAGGCAGCUUGCCAUCAAGCGUCUGCAGUACGAUAACGCGCGCGUGGACGGUGAUGGCGAGAGUCGACUGGGUCACUGGCAAGCGCUCAGAAUCAGCUUGACCAGCUGGCGCACGUGGCUGUUCGUCGUCGGCUACAUGGCUGUCGUCGGAUCGUCGACACUCUCCUACUUUUAUCCGACUCUGGUCCGUGGUCUGGGCUACGAGGCGACCGCUGCGCAGUACAUGACGAUCCCCAUCUUUGGCGUCGCCUUUGUCUUCACGGCCAUCACGGGUGUCCUGGCCGACAGGAACACCAAGUAUCGCGGUCUCAUGCUGACGUGCUGGAUGAUUGUGGCCAUGCUGUGCUCCAUUGUCAUCUGUGCCGUGUACGACUUCAAGGCGCGGUACGCGCUGCUGGUGAUCAUGGCGUCGGGUCUGUGGGCGUCCAACGGCCUGUCCCUUUCCUACGCAUCCGUCUCAUUUGGCGACAUGGAGCGCGAGGUCAAGGCCAUCUCGCUGGCCCUUGUCAACGCCAUGGGCAACCUGGCCCAGAUCUACGGCGCGUACCUGUUCCCCAACGACGACGAGCCCAAGUACCUCAUGGGGUUUGGUGUCAUCAGCGGUCUCUGCUUGACGGGUGUCGUGUCGUAUUUCUCGCUCUGGUAUACCUUUAGGCGGACAGCCAUCACCGUCGACGGCACAUCCUUCGCUUUCACAGGCCACAAUGUGUCUUACCGCUUCCACGUCGACGCGGACACGGGCGACCUCGUCACGGACCACUUUGGAGGCUAUGCGCCCGAGGAUGGCCUCGUUUGCGACCCUGGGGAGCCCCAGGGAUGGGCGCCCGCGCUCUCGCGCUCCCGUCGCGAGUUUCCCGACAGCGGUCGCGGCGACUUCCGCACACCGGCCUUCCAGAUCCGCCAGAGCGAGGGCAGCACCGUCAGCGAGUUCAAGUACAAGUCUCACGCGCUGGUGAGCGGCAAGCCCAGCCUCCAGGGUCUCCCCGCGACCUUUGGCAGCGACGGCGACGUCGCCUCCCUCAAAGUCACCCUCGUCGACGACGUGAGCUCUGUCGAGGCCGAGCUGCUCUACUCCAUCUUCCCCAAGUACGAUGCCAUUGUGCGCAGCGUGACGGUCAAGAACACGGGCCAUGACGCGAUUGUCCUCGACAAGCUCGCCAGCUUCAGCGUCGACUUUCCGUACGAAGACCUCGAGAUUAUCGAGAUGAAGGGUGACUGGGCGCGUGAGGGCCUGCGCGUCCGUCGCAAGGUCGACGUCGGCACGCAGGGCUUCCAGAACAGCACGGGCUUCUCGUCGCACCUCCACAACCCCUUCCUGUCGCUCGUCUCGUCCACCACCACCGAGACGCAGGGCGAGGCGUGGGGCUUCUCGCUCGUCUACACGGGCUCGUUUGCGGCCGACGUCGAAAAGGGCUCCCAGGGCCUGACGCGCGCCAUGAUCGGCCUCAACCCUGCCAUGUUCUCCUGGCCCCUGAAGGCCGGCGAGAGCUUCACCUCGCCCGAGGUCGUCAGCGUCUACUCCAGCACAGGGCUGGGCGGCAUGUCGAGGCAGUACCACCGACUCUUCCGCAGGCACCUGAUGAAGAGCAAGUUUGCGGAGAAGACGCGUCCCGUCCUCCUCAACAGCUGGGAGGGCACCUACUUUGACAUUGACGAGAAGAAGAUCACCACCAUGGCCCAGUCCGCCGCUGACCUGGGCGUCAAGCUCUUCGUCAUGGACGACGGGUGGUUCGGCAACGGCAAGCAUGCCCGCAUAGACGACCUCGCAGGGCUCGGUGACUGGGACGUCAACAAGGACCGCUUCCCCCACGGCCUCGAGCCCAUGGUCGAGAAGAUCACCCAGAUGAAGGCGGCAGGGACCGACCAGAAACUCCAGUUUGGCAUCUGGGUCGAGCCCGAGAUGGUCAACCCAAAGUCCGACCUGUACAAGGCGCACCCCGACUGGGCCAUCCACGCGGGCCGAUACCCCCGUACCGAGCAGCGCCAGCAGCUCAUCCUCAACCUCUCCCUGCCCGCGGUGCAGGAGUUCAUCAUCGACGCCAUGACCAAGCUCCUCGACUCGGCGCCCAUCACAUACGUCAAGUGGGACCACAACCGUGGCCUGCACGAGGCGCCCUCCCCGAACCUCGACCACGAGUACAUGAUGGGCAUGUACCGCGUCUUCGACACCCUCACAGCGCAGUUCCCUGACGUGCUGUGGGAAGGCUGCGCCUCGGGCGGCGGUCGCUUCGACCCGGGCAUCCUCCAGUCCUUCCCCCAGUUCUGGACGUCCGACGACACCGACGCCCUCGAGCGGAUCGGCAUCCAGUUUGGCCACUCCAUCGUGUACCCCGCGUCCGCCAUGGGCGCCCACAUCUCCGCCUGCCCCAACAGCAUGACGGGCCGCACACAGUCCGUCACCUUCCGCGCCCACGUCGCCAUGAUGGGGGGCUCGUUCGGUCUCGAGCUGGACCCAAAGGGUCUCACGGACGACGAGAGAAAGGCGAUGCCAUCUAUCCUGGCGUUGGCCGAAAAGGUCAACCAGACGGUCGUCUCGGGCGAUUUCUACCGCCUCGUGCUGCCCGAGGAUUCGAACAACCCGGCGGGCCAGUUCAUCUCCGAGGAUGGGAAGCAGGUCAUUUUGUUUGCCUUCCAGACGCGCUGCACCGUCAACUACGCGCAGCCCUGGUUCAGGCUGCAGGGGCUUGACGCGGGCGCCAGGUACAAGGUUGGCGACAAGACGGUGUCGGGGGCCACACUCAUGAACGUUGGUGUGCAGCUGCGGUUCGAGGGUGAUUAUGACAGUCACGUCGUCAUUGCGACGAGAGUGUAA